AUGUCGUACUCCCCUACUGAGAAAGAAGUACAAUGCAUUAUCCACUGGUUCCAGGGAUGGAGUAAAAUGCAAAAAGAUGACUUUUUUAAGGAACUCCUAGACAAAGCCAUACCGUGUCAUCUCGAUUCUUUAUUCACCUCUAUGCAGACAAUGAACGUUGAUGACAAACCUCCCAGUAUUUUUCAGUGCCAGAUGAAAUUGUUCAAUCAGUGGUUUGACACAUGGUCACAUGCUGACAGGAACAUGUUCAUGAUCAAACUUAGGGAGGUGGAUUCUCAGUUUGUGAACGAGUUUGAACGACAGUUUUCGUUGCAGAUAUCGUUACAAAGUGGAACUGAGUGA